AUGGGUUAAAGCAGAGCCGUUGAAAAUAUUUAACGGCUCUGGGUUUAACGUACAUUUAAAUAAUUUAAUCAAAUUAUUUAAUUAUAAAUAAAACAUAUAUGUGUGUUUGAUAGAUUGUACAGUUUGGGCUCAUAAUGAUAGUACAUAUUUAAAGGAGAAAGUAUUGUUUCAGUUUUCCAAAUCGAAGAAAAAAAUAAAACGUACAUAAAUUGUUAAAUAUUAUAAAUAUUUUUACCUUUAAAACGAAGAAUUGGAGUUUGCCCUCUCUGACUAGUAAGAUAACACAUUUGUUACAGAGAGCACUAAGCAGUGAAUGACAAAGUAAAUUAAUGUUUAAAUCUUAAUAUACGCGCGUAUUAUUAUAAUAAAUGAACACGUGACAUUUGAGUUCAAAUACAUUUAACAUUAAUUUUAUUUAUUUUUAUAAUCGCACAGGUCUCCCAAAUGCUAGGUGGCGGUAAUGUAGUAUAGCGUGGAGAGGUCUGAUUCAUUUUGAGCGAAUCGGUUCGUUUCAUUGAACCGGUUCACAGAAGUCACGGCGUUGCAUUUAAUGCCUCAUUUUUGAAUUUAAGAAAUAAACAGUUAAAUACCAUUGUUUAUUGCCAUAUUCUUAAAUACAUCAUAUUGAUUAUGUAAAUGUUGUUCAUAAGAGUCGAGAAAUUUGGAAGAGCUUUGCGAAUCGGUUCAAAUGAAUCAUCAAGAAUUAAUGAUUCAAAGGAACCACUCGUUGAUGAAUCGGAUCUCAGAAGUGCAGGAGGAACACGAGAACUUAAACUAUUGCAUAUGCAGCUCUGAUGUAAAUGAUUAAUAUGAUUAAAGCUCUUUUUAAAGCUUUUGAGGUCAGGUGGAAAUCAUACAGGCACAGAUUUGUCCCCUGGAUAGCUAUAAAUCUGCAGAAAAACGAGAGAACUCUUCGUCAGGUGAAGGAUCGAUCCCAAGACAAGUUAAUUCAAGAUGAGGAGGUGUUCGAAUCUCUCGUGUGUUUAUUCACUGAACUACUGAAAAAUGAUCCGAAGAAUCAAAGUGAACUGCUCCGGUUACUCCCUAAAUCUAAACAGAAUAUUUACACUAAUGUGGAGAAUAAAACGCAUGCUUCAACUACAGUAAUGUUGAAUAAUCUGGGCUUCGUGAUCGAGCGGAAGCGGAGCUCACUACAGCUCGCGGGAACCGGAGUGUUUGUUACGCGAGGACGCGCGCCUAAAGGAAGUAUCGUAGCGAUGUAUCCAGGAACCAUCUAUCAAGCAGAUGAGCCGAUCUUUUUUCAGUCAAUCAAAAAUCCAUUUGUAUUUAGAUGCAUAGAUGGCAUUUUGAUUGAUGGAAAUGACAAAGCCUUGUCCAAGAUAGUGUACCGGUCGUGUAGUGGGCGGGACAGAGUGGGUCCCUUCGGUUUGAGUGACAGCUCCUGGUUGACGCCUCGUCCUGUGAAUCCUCUCGCAGUGGGACAGUAUGUCAACAACUGCUCUAAUGAGAAAGCUGCGAAUGUCUGCUAUCAGGAGUUUGACGUGCCGGAUGGAUUUCCUCUUGAGCUCCGUCAAUACCUGCCUAAUGUUAAUUACAGAGCUGAUACUCAAAGACCUUUGCGCUGUGUUGUUCUUGUGUCACUACGAGAUAUUAAUCAAGGUGAAGAACUGUUCUCCAACUACUACACAAUUGUGCAUUAAAUUUUUUUUUUUUUUAA